AAGUAGUCAAACUAAGUUCCUCAUUUUUUGCUCCUAAGAAAAAAGAAAAUUGUCAUCGACAAUGUGGCCCGGACAGAAAUUUGAGUGCAAUCACGUGCCGGUGUGCGUAUCCAGCCUCAGGAAUACUCACUUUUAGAUCGCCUUCAUUCUCAGGGUUUUCAGACGACAGCAACUUCGAAUUGCUUUAUAACAACCUAACUGGUUUCUUUAACAAUUCCAAUUAUCGAGUGGAGUCGGUGUCCAUAGGAAACAUAAGAGAGGAUGAAACUGAGCAUCAUCUUCUAAUUGAUCUCUUGAUCUUCCCACUAAAGAAAGAGAGGUUUAAUGAGACCGGAAUGGAUAAUGUUAUUUCCAGGUUUAGCACGCAGACUUAUAAGCCUCCUGACAGAUUUGGCCCUUACAUAUUCAAAGCCAAUAAGUACGAUAAGUUCCCGGAUGAAAAAGGUUUAAAGUCGUCACACAUCAUCGGAGCUAUACUUGGUGCUUCUGUUUUUCUGUUGUUGCUAAUGAUAGCCGGGAUUUAUGCUCUCAAGCAGAAGAAGAGAGCAGAGAGAGCAAAUGAUCAAAUUAAUCCUUUUGCCAAGUGGGAUGCCAAUCAGAACAGUGUAGAUGCUCCGCAGCUCAUGGGAGUAAAAGCAUUUACAUUUGAAGAGAUGAGGAAAUGCGCUAACAACUUUUCAGUGGCAAAUGAUGUUGGUGGUGGAGGUUAUGGCCAGGUGUACAAAGGGAUUCUUCCCUCAGGGCAACUCAUAGCAAUAAAAAGAGCACAACCAGGAUCUUUGCAAGGAGCGUUGGAGUUUAAAACUGAGAUCGAGCUUCUUUCAAGGGUCCAUCAUAAAAACGUUGUCAAACUCUUAGGCUUUUGCUUUGAUCGAGGUGAACAAAUGCUUGUCUAUGAGUACAUCCCAAAUGGUUCUCUUAGAGAUAGUCUAUCAGGGAAAAAUGGGAUUAGACUUGAUUGGACAAGAAGGCUUAGAAUAGCACUUGGAUCAGGGAAAGGCUUGGCUUAUCUUCAUGAGCUUGCUGAUCCUCCAAUUAUACACAGAGACGUCAAAUCAAGUAAUAUAUUACUUGAUGAAAGUCUAGCUGCAAAGGUUGCUGAUUUUGGCCUCUCCCAACUUGUGGAAGAAGCUGAGAAAGCUAAUGUCACAGCACAAGUGAAGGGAACCAUGGGCUAUUUGGAUCCUGAGUACUACAUGACGAAUCAAUUGACAGAGAAAAGUGAUGUGUACGGGUUUGGGGUGAUGAUGUUGGAACUAUUAACCGGUGAAAUUCCGAUAGUGAAUGGUAAAUAUGUAGUGAAAGAGGUGAAGAUGAAGAUGAAUAAAUCAAAGAAGUUGUAUGACCUACAAGAAUUGUUGGACACUACCAUCAUUUCAACCAACGAGAAUCUUAAAGGAUUCGAAAAGUUCGUAAACUUGGCUCUAAUAUGCGUGGAUCAAGAAGGAGUGAAGAGGCCAUCAAUGAAUGAGGUUGUAAAAGAAAUUGAGUACAUAAUGCAACAUGCAGGAUUAUAUCCUAACGUAGAUUCAGCUGCGAGUUCAAGAACGUAUGAUGAAGCAAGCAAAGGAUCCGGGGAUCUUUAUAGAAACAACUCGUUUGAGUAUAGUGCAAGUUUCCCAACUACAAAACUCGAACCCCAUUGAUUAGUCCGGAUGCUACACCAAAAUGCCAAGAUUUAUGCUUUGUCAAAUUAGGCACCUGUGCUUCACAUGUCAAAAUUGGCUACAACUCUUGAUGU